AUGGCUUGCGCCGAAACCUUCUCCCCAAGUACCCUACGAUAUGUGCCUCUCUCGAAGAUCUAUAGCAGCUUGCAGCUUCUGCACAGCACGAGAGUUACGUCAUUCCAAUACCAAAAACCGAUUGACAAGCGACCUCACUCGUCUCUGAAGACCAGUGGAAGUCCCCGAGCAGAAUCCGCCCUUGCAACGCACGAUCAAGACCAAAGCUCCAUUCAAUAUGCACUGUCCAGGAUCACCCUGGACCAGGUCGCCAACUGGGCUCUUCAGGGCUCCUUGUGGCCCAUGACCUUCGGCCUGGCGUGCUGUGCCGUGGGAAUGUUGCAUGCGGCCGGUCCUCGUUACGAUAUAGAACGCCUGGGGAUGCUGUUCAGGGCCUCUCCUCGACAGGCGUAUCUUCUGAUCGUCGCCGGCACAAAAUGGCGCCAGCGUUCUGACAGGUCCGCCAAUGGCCGGAGCAUUGUUGCCGAGGAGGAGGAGGAGGAGGAGGAGGAGGAGGAGGAGGAAGAGUGGCGGGUGGCGUUGAGGUGGGUUUGGGGAGAGAUUGAGGAGGAAGAGUUGGGUAGUGUUGUUCUUCAGUGA